AUGACGGCGGCCCCUCGCCCGCCGCCCAGCCCCGGGUCACACUUGAACCUCAGCUCGCCCGCCCUCACCCUCGAGGCCCCCGGUGAGAAAAUCCACACAUGGCAAAACGCCCACCGGCCUCCACGUCUGCGCGACACGGCGCGGACCCUCUACCUGCAACCCUGGCCCGGGCGGCAGGAGCGGGUUGGCGUCGCGGCCCUGGGCCAGGCCGAAGCGAGGCGCGGGGUGGAGGGCAGCCACCCUCACCACCCGACCGGACGGAAGAGCAGCGGCUCCGGUGAGCUCCUCCCCAAAUGCCACGGAGAACUUGACCAGCGGCACGCACGUAUGCCCCGGGCGCAUCCGCUCCGCUCCCUCCCUUCCCGGGCGGCUCCUCCGGCGGAGUGUGUCAACUCCUGGACCCUGGCCGGAACCCGCGAGCCCACAACCCGCGUAGGCCGCUUCCCGACCCCGCGGGCCACGCGCUGCACACCGAGCCACUCGCAGGAGCGCCCAGUCGUCCAGCUCCGCCGCGCCCUCAGGCGGAGACAGGGGUUACCGCGCCACGUCUGGGUCCCGCCGCGCCCCGCAGCCACGUACCUUAAAGCCCGCAGAGCCGUCGCUGUCGCCUUCACCCUGAAGCAGGGCCCCCUCUCGACCCUCCACCACAGGUCUGUCACAGCGGGAGACGCUUCUUGGCUGAGCUCUCUUAAGUCCGGCCGGGCCAGCGGCUCAAGUCCGAGCCGAUCGCCGCCCUCAGGCCGCCUCGGGAGAGCGGCGGAGGGGCGAGGCGGCGAUCCGAGGCCGGUACCGCCCCCGCAUGCGAGCCGGAGGAUGCCCCAGCUGAGCAUGGCGCGGGUGCGUCCGCAUCUGCUGCGUGGACUGGACGGUGCGGGCCGCUCCUGACCGGAACGAAGCACGGACGGAACGGCAGA